CGUCAAAUGUCAAAGUAAGACAGACCCCUUCUCUUCUAAUAAAUUAUCACAUUACUCAUACUGCCAGCUCUGCAUUUGCACAGCUGAAAGAACACAAUCCGUUUUUGGUUUUGUCAUUCUAGCUUCUCCCGCAUCUUCCGAAAACAAGGCGCCUUAUAUUAUUGCCAUAUAGGUAUAAGGUAGCUCUUAUCAGGGAUAAGGAGUACAUACCUAGCCCAACUUUCCGCCCCUUUUUUAGCUUCAGAUUGCUUGUGGAAUUCUGUAUCCCCCCGCCAUAAUUUAUUAUUCUCUCGUCGGCCCGCCAUCUUUCGCGCACUCGAACCCAACCUCAUCGGACUUUGAAAUACGGAGGGUUCUCUUAAUCAAAUAGUAUAUCAUCAGAAUCACGUAGUGUCCGUGAACUUGUAUACGUAGGCGACGUCUUAAAAAACCUCACAGCCAUGUCAGAAGUUACACCAAAUGCCCAGGCCGCUGGCUCCAGUUGGGCUGCCUUCCUCAAGUCUAUUGCCUCUUUCAACGGCGACCUCUCCUCUCUCACGGCCCCGCCUUUCAUCCUUUCUUCUACGAGUCUCACCGAGUUCAGUUCGUACUGGGCUGAACAUCCUAGCGUCUUCGCGGCGCCAGCGAAGGAGCCGGAUCCAGCGAAGAGGGCCUUGUUGGUGCUCAAAUGGUUUUUGACUACACUUAAGCAGCAAUAUGCAAGUCGCAGCGAACAAUAUGGAAACGAGAAGAAGCCUCUCAACCCCUUUUUGGGUGAACUCUUUCUAGGGAAAUGGGAAGAUGACGCAGGCACAACCGAGUUGAUCAGUGAGCAGGUAAACCACCACCCGCCAGCAACGGCAUACAGUAUUAUCAAUGAGACCUCGGGGGUCCAUCUCCAAGGAUACAACGCCCAAAAGGCUAGCUUCUCCAAGACCAUCAACAUCAAGCAGAUAGGACACGCAGUAUUAGCAGUUCCCGACCCCUCCAAGCCUGGGGAGAAGGAUACCUAUUUGAUCACACUACCAUCUCUUCACGUUGAAGGUCUAAUUUUUGGCGCGCCCUUCAUUGAGCUCGAAGGCGCCUCUUACAUCACUUCGUCGACAGGGUUUACUGCUAAAAUAGACUACAGCGGCAAGGGCUGGAUAAGCGGCAAGAAGAACUCAUUUACGGCUACUCUGUAUCCAACCGGCAAGGAAAAGGACGUGCUCUACAAUUGCUCUGGUCAAUGGACCAAGGCGUUCGAGAUCCAUUCCGGCCCAGUAAAGAGCAACUCGUCCAAGACUCUCAUUGGAAGCUGGGAUCCUACCGACAGUCCCACGACCGAACUCAAGGUUGCGCCUCUCGAGAAGCAACACCCACUGGAGUCUCGACGCGCGUGGGCCAACGUUGCGGCAGGCAUUGCUAAAGGGGAUAUGGAUUACGUCGGUAAGGAGAAGAGCAAGAUCGAGCAGGCGCAGAGGACAAUGCGGAAAAAGGAGCAGUCAGAGGGUCGUGAGUGGGAGCGGAGAUAUUUCACUGCUCUCACUGAGCCAGAUGUGACUCUUGGAACAUUAGGUCCCAACGUGGGAUUAAGCACGAAUGGCGACGCGGACAAGACGGGCGGCCUAUGGCGUUUUGAUGCGGCCAAAGCGGAGAAGGUCAAGAGCCAUGAGUUGAGCGAAGAGGAGAAGAUCCAAAUAGCUCAAGAGCUGCUAGGCCAGUAAUGUCCUACCGGCAUCUUCAUUCGCAAGCGUCCAAAGUUAUUGCAUAGAGAUGGUAUCCGAUACCUUAGGUACCUAAUUAUGUAGGUGACUAAGUAAUAUAGAUAACGGGAAACGUGGAUAUAGGCAUCGGGAGGGCGUCUGGCUUCGCCGGUUGGUUGCCAUACAAGUACUUAAUAAUGAAGUAGAUUACACAGUAUAAUUAAACGAAUUGCUCGUUCCUG